AUGGUUUCCAAAUCAUUCAGUACUCUCCGUCCUUUUCCCUGUGUAGGCUCCAGAUAUAAUAUGAAGAGCAUUUUAUUUGCUUUGCUUUUUACGAUUGGAAUGUGUUCAGGCGAUACCGUUCUUGGAGGCAUAGUUGAUUAUUUGCCAAAGUGCUAUGCAACACCUAACGCUAUGCUCUAUGUUGAAUAUAAUGCUGGUCACUGUUACCGAGAACGUUCAACCGCAUUCUAUCGGACUCCAUGCUCGUGUAAAAUACCAGAUUCUUCUCAGAGAGGCAAGCUUAAGGGCGAUAAAUGGGGAAAAUGUAUCUGGCACUUGAAGGUAGACGAGUACAACGCCCGCGCCAAUACUACAACAGCUGACAUCAUACCCGAUAACAAAGCAAACAACGCACAUAACAUACCUGAUCUCGACCUACUCUAUUCCCGUUACCACGGUGGGCAAUUGCUGGGUUCUGGUAAUUACCCAGUCGUCCAAGGAAUCUCUUUAACCAACAAAGCGACUCGAUAUAUUGGUAUCAGUAUGUGGAAAGGUAUUAAGAUGAUUCGCCUCCACUAUCUAAAGACUGGUCAAAGAAGCGGAUGGUCUCAAGGUGUUCAGCUACGGAUCACGGAUGAUUUCAAAAAACAUCUAUCUAAAAGAGAUUUCGAUACACACUGCUUCUUCAUCACGGGACUUAUUCCAUUCGAAAGAAGAGGUGCAAAGCAGCAUUUUAUAAACUGUAUGAAGAUACAAAAAUCAUCAAGGGAAGUAGUGAAGGAGACUGCCAUCUAUGAAGGGACUAAUCAGAUAGCUGAAGUCAUCAAUUGUGAACAAGGAACUAAUUUGCAAAAUAUCGAUACAACUCCUAAAGAUCUAUUGGUUGAAGGUCUGAAACACAUAGCAAGUUUAGGUAUGUCUUUCAUCCCUGUGGUUGGCCCAUUUUUAUCUAUUGGGCUAGAUGUUACAUACAACAUGAUCACUGAUAAAAGUAAAUUUGAUGAGAUUAUGAAAAGUGCACAAGUAUCUGCAGGAGAAGAAUUGUUUAAACUUCUAACAAAUGUGGCUAGUAAAAGUAUCACAAGAUGA